GCGACUGUGCUUUCGACUCAUUCCAGUCAAGUCGCAUUUGCUUCUUGCAUUGUCACAGUCCAGAAAGUCUAUUCCUCCAGUCUUGAAAAUCGUUGCAUAUAGAACUACGUGCAAACUGGUAGUUUGAAAACGACCACUGUCAAACAUGAACACCCUAAAGCAUCUAUUCCACGGUACGAAGGGCACCAUCAUUCGGCAGCCAAAGUUUUCUUCCGCAACGACUCACCCGCCAGGUGAUCCAUCCGAAAAUAUAGAGCAGAGCAUAUAUCGUUAUCGCAAACAACAUGGUGUUAACCUGGGUUCCUGGUUCGUGCUUGAGCGUUGGAUCACUGAAUAUCCUUUUCGGUGUGCUGCAAGUCCUGGCCAAAGUGAUCUUGACAUCGCCCGUGGGGAACACGCAAAAGAAAUCUUGGAGCUCCACUGGGAUACGUGGAUCACAGAAGCUGACUUCGCCUGGCUCGCUAGAAGAGGGAUCAAUGCAGUCCGAAUUCCGAUAGGGUACUACCACCUAUGUGGUGCUGACCCAACGGUGCUCGAGAAGACUGAUUUCUCAGGCCUGGAACCAGUCUUUGAGGGUGCUUGGCACAGGAUCAUGCAAGCCAUUUCUACUGCUCAACGUUAUGGUAUCGGUGUUCUGUUUGAUCUCCAUGCCGCACCGGGCAAGCAAAAUCGGGACUCUCACUCUGGGACUUCAUCCUCCAAUCCGACGUUCUUUCAAAGCCGCUCCAACCUUCAGCAUGGGAUCAGGGUCCUAAGGAUUCUCAUCCGAAAUCUUCUUACGUAUUGCCAAUCUCACUCACCUCCACUGUACAAUGUUGUUGGCGUGGAACUUUUGAAUGAGCCACAACCUCCGUCUCACAAAAAUCUUCAACGCUGGUAUAUUGAUGUUAUUCGAGAGUUGAGAGCCAUUGACCCGGGGCUUCCGAUAUACAUCUCGGAUUGCUGGAUGACGGAAGAGUACACUGGGUUCAUCCAAUCAUUACCCGCCUCACAUUCAUCACCUAUAGUUGCUCUUGAUCAUCAUCUUUAUCGCUGUUUUACUUCUUCGGAUAUAGCUACUCCCGCAGCUCAGCACUCGGGGUCACUAUCCGACCUCAAUGCACCCACUCCACGAGCAUUUGCUGAGGCUGCACAAAAACUAGGAGAUGCAAGUGGCGGACUAGUCGUGGGCGAGUGGUCCGGAGCAUUAAACCCCGGAUCCUUACAUGGCGCAGAUGAGUACCAGGCGAGGAAGAACUAUAUCAGUGCUCAAUUAGCAUUGUUUGAAAGAUACUGUGCUGGCUGGUUUUUUUGGACGUACAAGAAGGAACACAAGGGUGAUUGCGGAUGGUCAUUUAGGGAUGCGGUUGAAGGAGGGGUUUUUCCUAACUAUGUCGGGGUCAAACCCAGGAAUGUUUGUCUUGCAGACACACCACAAAGGCAAGCAAGAAGAGGCUCUGCAAAAGACGUGGCACUCGGUCAACAUAUUGAUUAUUGGUCGAGGUAUCCUGGCCAUCACGAGUACUGGCGUUUUGAGCAAGGUUUUGUCCAAGGUUGGGAUGAUGCAUACUUGUUUUUAUCUUGGAACAGCGGAGAUGCACCAACGUUUGUAUCUGAGCUCGGAUUCUUGGGAAGUUGGGCGAGAAACAAAACUCAGAUGCACAUAGCAGAAUCUGGAUCAAGUGGAAAUAUCUGGGAAUUUGGUGCCACGGUCUCAAUCAGGGCGCGAAUGCAGCCAAAAAUGACUUUCUCCAGGUGUCUUGAAUUAUCUUCCCUUCGGUCACAUUUGUCAUGGAUGAAUGAUUACGGCGGGGAUUUAGGCUGUGUUUUAGUCGCUUUUAAUGACUCUGUAUCCAUAUUAUCUCCUAUCUUCCUGUAAGCUCAAUCUUUGUAAAGGUUACUCUGAUAUUCCAUAUUAACCCUUACUCGAUCAAAUUACUGACAUGUCGGAGUUGACUUUCCCGAUGCCAUUGCACUCUUCCAAAUACAAUCGCAGUAAGUUUUCUACUACCAGAUCCUGUAGUGUUGGUUUACUUUCCCCGUAUUUGACCGUGGUCGUUGGUCGCAUGUUAACGCCAGUGAGUCAACGUUUUUUUCUCAACAUUAAAAGUCCCCUGGCGGUAUUAACAUGAUUGAAAAUAUUUGUGAUUCUCCAGCGCGUUCCCAAUCCGAACGGAACACCGAUAUUCUUGACAUAUAGAUUACCCCAGUAGACAUAAAGCCCACUUUUUUUUU